AUGGCUGAAACGUUGGCGGUCGGAGAGGGGGUGAGAAGGCCGAGACGCCGAAUCAUCGCCGAUGUUAUGCCAACGAUGGAAUGCGAUUCUGAAUCAGAUGCCGCUCGGUCUCUAAUGCCAUGUCAGGCAACGGGAAUGCUGAGAAAUCGCGAAGAAAAUCGUUUGAAUAUGGUGGCUCGUUCUCGUUCACGAAUGUGUCCAGAGGUACAAGAAGCGAUUGUUCGCUACAGCGAUAACAUCCUGUAUCUUGUAUGUCAAUGUGGUGCAGGUGGUGGUGGUGGUGCUGGUUUCAGACACAUUAACGAAUCAGUGCUCAAUGAACUCGAAGAAAUCCCAUUCCUGGCUGAUGGCCGACGCACACCGUCAGCAGCAACAAAAGAAAAGGAAGGAAAUGCGAAAAAAGAAUGGGUUUGGAAAGAAACGAAUGUGAGGCUCGUGAAACAAGCUGAUGACAAGGAAAGUGAGAAGAAAGACGAAAAAGAGGAUAGCAGAAGGAAAGAGGAACAUAAACAAAAAGGUGGAGAGCUGAAAGAUGAGAAAAAUAAAGAGAGAGAUGAGGAGCAGGACACUAACACUAAGAAAAGUGGAAAAGAAAAACACAGCAGCAGGCAUUUCAAUUCCCUAACGCAACUUUUGGCAAAGCAUGCAGAAUUGGGAAGCGACGUCAACCUACAGGAUAGGGAAGCAUGCAACGCAGCACUAAAGCAAGUCCAGAAUGCUAUAGUGGAGAUAAAAACCCUUCAAACAACCUCUGGAGGAGCCCUAUACGCAUUCACGGACACGGUGGACAGAAUAUCGGAACCCCUCACCAAGGAAGAAGACGAUGAAGUGUCCGAAUGUAUUACUAACGCAGAGGAACUCAUCGCCAGUACUACUGAUAUGCUUCUUAAGUUGGAAAUGACCAAGGCUAGCCUAGCCUCUCAUAACCUUACAUUUCCAACAUAUACUGGAUCUCAUCCUCCACCAGAAGUUCCUGCAGCCAAGAUAGAGCUGCCGAGGAUACCAAUACCGGAGUUCAACGGCAAAAGCUGGCAAUGGGAUAGCUUCUGGGAGCUAUUCAACGCUACGGUGCAUUCUCUACCGCUCUCAAAUUUGCAAAAAUUCAACUAUCUUGUGAGAACAUUAAAAGGAGAAGCCCGUGAAUCAAUAGCUCGUUUUCAAAUCACUUCAGAAAACUACCCGCUAGCAGUACAGCAUUUGAAGGAGAGAUACGGCAACGUCCAAAAUAUAAUCACUGGACUGCAUCGACAGCUAGAGCAUUGGAGUGCUAGAAGCCCACAAUUAAGGGACCAACGAAAACUGCAUGAUCAACUGUCGGCAAUUAUCGCACAACUCGAAAGCAAAGGCGAACCUCCCGAUAGUCCAUGCCUGCUAUCAAAAAUUCUUUCUAAAUUCACAGAAAGGAUUCAACGCAGCACACUUAAAGAAAAGGUCUCUCUGCCCCAAGGAGAGACCUGGACAUUAAAGAAAUUGAUGACAACAAUUGACAUUGUCAUAAAACGCGAAGAAGAAAUUGAACUGCAUUUGCCAAAGAGGAUAGAACGUCCACAACUUCUAAGCAAAACUACAAAGGAACCGGAGUCCCAAAUCAAAGGGCGGUCUCCCUUUUGUUUCUAUUGCUAUAGCAAAGAACAUUGGUCCACAAGAUGCACGAAAAUAGCGGCACCUAAAGCACGACUGGAAUAUUUAAAAAAGACAAACUGCUGCAUUGGGUGUGGAUCAAAGUCCUAUAUUUAUGCCGAUUGCAAAAGCAAAGACUGUAUAAAUUGCAGAAAAAAGCAUCAUACGUCUACGUGCUUCAAGACAGCACCAGUCAAGCCGCCUCAACAAGGUCCUGUUUCAAAUGAAAAAAAGGAAGAAAGGAAGAAGCCGUCAUAUGUACGGCAGAACUUAACAAGGUGCGAGAAGCAAAGCGCACACGUUACGGAGGGCUCAAUACCUAAUCUCACAAUCUCAAUACCUAAUCUCACAGUAAUGAGCCUUGAAGGCGCUACUUCCAAGUACACAAGAGCUCAUAACGCCUCGGAUACUCUUAGAUCUAUAUGGCGAUUACGAAUAUACGGAGCAGAAGGAUACAAGCGAAAGGGCUUCAACCUAUACCAGAGAAAGCAUUCGGCGAAAAAGGAGUAUGCAGAGAAGGAGCAGAGCGAGCUACUAGAUGAACGAAGAGCCAGGAUCGAGGAGUUCCUCAGAUACAAUAGGGAAGUACCAGAAAGGAAAAUUAGACGACUUAACUACAUGAGAUCAGAAGAACGCUUCCUAACAUGCUCAUUCUGUUUGGCCAGGGGAGAACAUUACUCAGACAGCUGUCCAGAGUAUGCAACUGUGGACACGAGAUCAAGAAGAGCACGCUGUGUCUUAUGUCUCGACAGCCAUCAUGACACGGAGCAUUGCUGGAGCAAGGGCAAGACAUGCAUGUAUUGCGGCAGUACGCACCAUAACAAGACCUUUUGUGCCCUGCCAGAGACGAUAAACAAGCGCCGUAAAGAGCUGGAAAAGGGACGUCACUUCAUUGGUGAGGAUGACUUCAAAACGGCCUUCCAGCCAUUCUUUGGUCGCAAGUUCCCGGACUUCUACAAGGAAAGAAUGUAUAAACUGCCUGAACGUUGGCAACAUGUCGUCGACACCGAUGGAGAAUACAUCAGCAUGAUGAAUGCAUGCAGAAGACAUGGACGAACGGUAAUAGGUGCAGUGCUCUUGGUGUCACUUUUCAGGAGCUACGGCGCAAAAUACGGAAAAUCUCCUACUCCUAAUGAGGGAGAACACACACACAGGUGUGAUAAACUCGUUCGAUUUCGAAUUUAA